GUUGGCGGUCACUUCAACAACAACAACAAUAGCAACAGAUAUGCUUGCGACAGCAGCAGCAGCAGCUAAAGCGAAUGGCAGCAAUCAAAAUGACAAACGGCAGUGAUUAAAACCAGUCAGAGAGGCCAGGCCCAGGCCCGCACCAACAGCCACACAACUGAUUUCCAGACCCCCAUAGACCCACUGGCAGCAAUCACCCAGUCAGUCAGUCUGUUAACAGCAACAGUUGCAACAGCAACACCAACACUAGCACCACCCCAACAGCUACAACUACGAGGCGUGUUUGCUGAAUCAUCAAGAACGGGCAAACGGGCAAGAAUAUAAUUUUCAAGUGCGCCACAUCAAUUGAAUCUACUUAAAGAACACGUCAAGAGACCUUCAACGUUCAGCAGCAGCAGCAGCUCUAGCUACAUCUCCAGCAACAAUGCUAAUUACCGAGCAUAGUAAAUGUCUACAUAACAGCAGCAGUGGCAGCGGCAACAGCAGACGCGAUCGUGCAACAACAAAUAACAUUAUGCUGCAUAUCAUCUGCUUUGGUCUGUUGCUUGUAAGCGUCCAAGCUUGGAUGCCCGAUGUGCGGCCCGAUUUGCAGACGAAGGCUGAUAAAAUCACCGCCAGUUUCUUUGGCAACACCACAGACUAUUAUAAGAUUUUGGAUCACAAUGACGACAGCAUUCUCAUUGGUGCCAAGGAUGUGAUCUACAACAUAAGCAUGCGUGGAUUAAAGGAGAACAGCCGCCUGGUUUGGAAUAGCUCGCAAGCCGACCACGAGCUGUGCACCUUGAAGGGCAAACUAGAGUGGGACUGCCACAACUAUUUGCGUGUCUAUGCGCGCCUGAGCGAUGGCCAGAUACUGCUCUGUGGCACCAACUCUUACAAGCCGCGCUGUCGUCAUUAUACGCCCGUGGAGCAGCCGGCGGAUGCAGUCGAUGGCAGCAGCAUGCGCUAUGAGCUAACACGCGAUGUGGAGGCGCAGGGACUCUGCCCCUAUAGUCCGGCACACAAUAGCACCUACGCCUUUGCCGAUGGCCAACUGUAUAGCGCCACUGUUGCGGACUUCUCCGGCGGUGAUCCGCUCAUCUAUCGCGAGAAUCUCAAUCUGCGCACCGAGCAAUAUGAUCUCAAGCAACUCAAUCAGCCGGACUUUGUGGGCGCCAUUGAGCGCAAUGGCUAUGUGCUCUUCUUCUUCCGCGAACUCUCCAUGGAGUACAUGAACUUUGGCAAGGCGGUCUACUCGCGUGUGGGUCGCGUCUGCAAGAACGAUCGCGGCGGUCCCUACAAUCAUGCCAAGAGCUGGACAUCGUUCCUCAAGGCCAGACUCAACUGCUCCGUGCCCGGCGAGUUUCCCUUCUACUUUGAUGAAAUACAGGCCAUCAGUCCCAUUGUGGAGAGCGGUCCACAUGCCUUGAUCUAUGCCGUGUUCACCACUUCGGCGAAUGCCAUACCCGGCUCAGCUGUCUGCGCUUAUCGCGUGGACGACAUACUGGCCGCCUUUGAUGGUGACUUUGUCUCGCAGAAGGACUCGCAAUCGCAUUGGCUGCCCGUGGAGCAGCAGCAGGUGCCCAAGCCACGACCAGGCCAAUGUGUCGAGGACUCGCGUACGCUGGCCAGUAUUUCGGUUAACUUUAUCAAGAAUCAUCCGCUUAUGGACGGCGCUGUGCCUGCCGUGCACGGUCGUCCACUGCUCACUAAAGUGAAUCUGCAUCAUCGUCUGACUGCCAUAGCUGUGGAUCCGCAGGUGAAGGCGCUCAAUGGCAAUCACUACGAUGUCAUUUACAGCGGCACCGACGACGGCAAAGUGACCAAGUUCAUCAACAUGAUCAAUAGCCAUCAGAAUGGCAGCACCGAUCGCAUGCGCACUGUGGUCAUCUCGGAGAUGCAGGUGCUGCCGCUGGGCACGCCCGUGCGCGAAAUGGUCAUCUCGUCCAAGAAGAACACACUCGUUGUGGUAAGCGAUGGACGCUUGGUCACAGUGCCGCUGCAUCAUUGCUCGCUUAUUGUUGACUGCCUGGGCUGCCUGAGUCUGCAGGAUCCGAACUGCGCCUGGGACUUGCAGACGCACGAGUGCAAGAAUCUGGCCGUCGGCCCACACAAGUUUGGCACCAAGAGCUAUCUGCAGAGUCUGAAUACCACAAAGAAGGCGGCGGCGUCGCUGUGUCCCAAGACGAGCGCCGAUCCAGUGAUUGUUACCAUGGCGCCCACGCAGCUGGAGGAGGCACAGAAGCUGCACUACGCCAGCGUCAAUGCCCAACAGCCGACGGCACAGCCUGCCAGCAAUGCCGAUCAGUUGCCCACAGGCGGUGGCAUUGACUUUGCGCUCAACGAUUACAUAGACGAGAACAAAAUACCACAGGCUGCUGUCGAUCCCGAACGUGUUAUGAGCUAUGAUCCACAAAAGUCCAAUGCUGCUGUCAAUGAACUGCACAAGGCUUCAUCCUCGUCCAUGAGCUUGGGUUACAUAUUGUUUGUAGUGUUGAUCUUCCUUUUGGGCAGUGGGUUUGGCAUUCUCAUCAAGAUGUGCAAUCAAAACGCUCACGAUGCCAGUCACCACAAUCAUUUUGACAAGCACAUACAAUUCAAGGACAUUAACUUGCUGAAUCCGUAUACGACUACACAGAAAGCAGCGAAUUUAGAUCUGGAAAAGGAUCGUAGUCACGAGUGCAAGAACUCAACGGAGCAUCUGGAGAAGGAGCUGCCCUGCAAAACAUCCACACUGACGAAAGUGAAGCGCACUUACAUUUAGAUUUAGAUUUGGCGGCGCAGGCAGUGUCCUCAAAAUUAGUCGAAUUUUCAUUGUUUUAUGUUGCAGUUAGUUGUGUAGUUAUGAAUGCAUCCCAAGCCACGCCCACAUCUGCACAACGCAGCGCAGUUUGCAGCGCGUUUGAAACGCGUGCGAAUUCAAAUUCGUUGUGCACACAUUUAGUUAUAGUUUUGUGUCUAAAAGUUUAGUUAAAUUUAUGAAUAUAGGUCAUAGCGUUUAUAUGUUUAUUGUUUAGAUUUAUGUUGUAAGUGAAAAGAUUAAGAGCAUAUCAGACAGUUUUGUGGCCACAACAAAAAUUGGCUAAGAUUUGUUUUCUAUUGAACAAAAGUUUUUGCCUGUGGCCAGUUAACUUGGAACUCGAACUCGAACCCACCCAUUAACUCGAAUAAUUUACACGAAAUUCAAACAAUUAUUAUUCUUUACAAGUAUUCUGUUAGACUGAAUGUUUUUUUUGCCCGCAACACGCUAAGCCACGCCCCGCCACACCCCGCCACUCCCUUAUUCGCACACAACAAGCUAAUUAUAAUUGGAAUACCACUGUGUAUCUCUGUGUGGCUAACAAAAGCAAUAUAAUUUGUAUCUAACAUAAAGCUCAAUAAGGAAUUGAAUAAGAGAACAUGUAUUUUUGUAAUGCUAUUUAAAGUACGAACUAGCUUAAGCUAAAUGCGUUCAACACACACACAUCUAUGAGGCUGUUUGCUAAGAACUGAAGAACCCCAGCCACAAAAAAACAAACUGAAAAUAUAAAAAAAUAUAUAAUACGCACAAAUAGUAACAGCACGCGCCUUAAAAUAUAUUUAAUACACAAUAAAUAUGCCUAUGCUAAGGACUUAAUUGUAAAUUAAAUUACUGUAAGUGCUUGUAAUAAUAUAUUUGCAUGUAUUUUAAGCAGAUUCAGCAUUUUUAUAUUUUUAUGUUUACUUUAUAAGCUGUUGUCCGUCC